AUGGAUGAUAUAGUGAAUAUGGGAGAUGAGAAUCCUUUAAGCAAACGCGAUGGAAAUCGUUCUGAAGAUACGACUGAUUCAAUAAUGGAAGAGCAGCAUCAUCGAAGGGUACUUAUUCGUGUAUCGAGGGCUUUACUGGCUGGAAAUGAAGAUGAUAUUAAGAUUUCUUCUAAUGGUUCUAAUAAAUUCCUCGUUAUGCCAUACCGACGCAUUCAUCGUGCUCAGAUUGAUUUGGAAGCACGUGCUGACUCUAAUGAACUAAUACGUGUUGGGUCAUCUGGCAGUUUAAUAACUAUUGUGGCUGAUAACUCAAGACGCACACGUUCAUCGUUAACAGUUCAAGCUACCAACAAAGGUUUGGCCGCUGCUCGAUUUAGGCAAGUGAGAGUUAAGGUUCGCGACUGCAGCCCGGAUGUCAAUGAUAUGAUAAGAAAAUCGAGCGAACAGCUAAUAACAGAUCCAGUUCUCAUAGCUCCCAGACACACACAUCGUUUUGUUGUAGAGCUGCCUUUAGAGUUGCCCUUGGAUGUUACACACUGUUCUAUAGCAUUAGUAAACGACGAAGACGAAUCAAUAGCGGUGAGAGAAGUUGCGAUAAAAAAAGGAGAUCGUUGUUUCUGUAUAUGGCACUGCGACUGCGUCUGCUUGGAUGAAGACCCGAAGCUACUGUGUCGCGAGAUGGCUGACGCACGCCAAGUAGCCGCUGGGCUAUCACCACGGGGACGAGCACGUCGAGCGCGUUUCGCAUGCUACCCUGACAUACUUUGUGUCAACAUAUCUGUCAUUAUCAUGGGAGUUCUUGUGGCGCUAUUGAUGCUAGGUUUACUCAAAGCCAUUUCGGGACUUUUCUUCCACUGUAUAGCAAAAUGGGGAUUGUACAGACUGAUUCAAACGCCAAGAAAAUUGGAAAAAUAUCACGAAUAUUGCUUGAAAAAUAGAAAUGUGGUUUACGAUGAUGAAGGCUGGCCAGUUCAUCCAGAUACUAAAAAACGGACCGUUCGUUUAUUGAGCAAGGAAAUGGAAUUCGUCCUAAACUUAAUAUUUUUCAUCGCGGUGCCGAGUUUGAUGUUGUGGGACGCCAUAAAAUGGUUGAGAUGUGUGACCAGCAAAGCUAAAAAAGAAACAAGGGUGGCUGAUGACAAAAUGAGGUGUUUCAGUACUCAAGACAUGCAGGUAAGGGACAUGCACAUAAUCUACUCUCAAGUGCUCAUAAGAGAGUGCUCGUCCACGGUGGUGAGAUCGCACGGUGACGACGGCAGCGGGCACGAUACGAUACACAUAGAAACCUUGAAAAUAAUAAUGUCCCAUCAAAGUCAAUUACUCGAUUAA